AUGAUUGGACGUGAUUCGUCACGAUUGCCAUCAUCAUUUCGUUCAACGUUGUCAUUUCAAUCGUUACUACCACCAGCCUCAUUAUCAGCAUUUCCUCAACCUUCUUCUUCUUUUCUACCUACUUUUCUACCUGACUCUACAGCACUACAUCUGAUAAAUAAUAAUAUGUCAGGUUAUUGGCAGAACGCACAGCAAUUUUAUGGAGCAAUAAAUCCUGUAAUUAGUAAUCAAAAUCAAUAUCACGGUUCUCUAUUUACGUAUAGUACGGAUUUAUUUCGAGAACAUAGUACGAAUCAUGUAACUAAACUUGAUAUUGGACCAAGGCCUUAUGUUCAUUAUGUUGAUCCACCUCCUGCACCACAUGAGGUGGGCACGUAUAUUAAACAAGAUCCUUUGACAUUACAAAUAACGAAGUUUAAUAGAGCCCGUAGUGUUCAGUCUGUUAAUGAAAAUGUAAUUAACAAGAAUCAACAGAUGUUUAAAAAAAUCAGUCAGAUAUUCGAUGUAAAAAUCUUAAAAAUUUUUGCAAACUUCAAAUCUGUGGCUGUAAUAUCUGCAAUAAAAGAUCAUUUAGAACAUGACGGACAAAAAACUCAAAGCGAAAGUAGUCUUACUUCACGAUCACAGUUCAGAGGAAAAAUAUAUAUGUUGCCUGAGAAUUGUACUCGUCCUCAGUCCUCAGAAGGGCGUACAUUCCCACUGAAAGUUCGAAGUGAAGAUAUGAAUUUCGAUAGCAGCGAUCAUAAUGAAUUAUUGCAGGAAAAAAAUUCGAACCAAAAUAGCCCGAAAUCUCCAGUGAAAUCUGUAAUGGCCAAGUAUACACCAGCUUCAGACCAAGCACCAGUGUUUAUUCGUACUGCUACUAAAAUUGUACGUAAAGCCGUCUAUCCCUCACAGAAAACUUUGGCUGGAAAUCAUACUGCCAUAAAGUCACAAACUAACGUAGAAGCUGAUUCUUCUUACACAAAAUUAUCAUCACAAAAAUAUGCUAGAUCAACUAAACGUGUAGUUGGUAAUGGAACUAUGUCACGGGACGGUAUGUCGUGGAAAAGGCAAACUUCAGACUCUCAGCAUACUGUAACAACGCAAAAAGAAUUUUUAAAACCGCAAAGAAUUAAUCGUCGACUUCGUAGAAUUAAAGAGACGUCUAAUGAAUGCUUUGAGUUUGCUGAGCAUGGUAAAUGUUUAGCUGGUGCUUUUUGUUCUUUUGAUCAUAAUGGUGAUAGCGGACACAAAACUAUUAAAAUUUGUUACAAGCUGAUGCUGGGUUUAUGUCGUGGGGAUUGCGGUCAUUCUCAUUUCCUUCCUUCACAUCAAAUGCCAGUCUGCGCUAAUUUUUUACAACUUAACUGCUGGUGUGAAGACUGUCCUUAUUUACAUGUUAAGCACAAGAAUGGCAAUAAGCGAUGUGAUGAUUUCAAUCGAGGAGUUUGUACAAAAGGUGUUGAUGUACGUUAUUUAAUUGUCUCUGUUCUUCAUCCUCAAAGCAUUUAUUUUUCCAAAGUACCAAAAAAAUGUAUUCUAAUUUUGUGCAUUUACUUUCAUUCAAGAAUACUGAAGUGCUGCUAUAUUCUGGAUAUAUAA